UUUAGAAAAUUACAUUUAGCCUACACAUUCUCUCUCUCGAGCUCAUUAUUGAGGCAAUAGCACCAGCAUACCAAGUGAAAGUUAAAAUAUCACAUGUACAUCAAUCUCUAACGUAUGAAUAGGCUACCGUUACAUGUCCGCAGUAAAACAAAGUAAAUGACAGAUGCUUUAUUGUCCUGCAUAUGUGUCAGUGUCAGUCAGUGGGCACGAAGCUGACAGUCGGCAGCGAGCGCACGAUCCGCGCCCUGUAUGCGCCCUCGUGCGGGCGGUAACAGCAGCUGUAGGACAGACUGCCUGAAAAACAACGCAGCCAUUUUGAGUCGAGAAUAAAAGCUCAAAGAAAGACACUGCAUUUCCUCUAUAAUGAUUCAAAAUAGUAACAAAAGUCGGUAACAUAAUCGAUGUCUGGUGUGGUUCGUUUCCAUUUGGCAACGCUAGCCGCACAACUACCAAAUGMAACUCUGUCUGUACUGUCGUCCCAAUUUUUCGUCCGUGCUAUAUCUCAUCCGGCUGGGAUUCAUUUAAUGCAAUUUAUAACAAUUCAUCCCAAACUGUAAAUCUAACAAUAACCAAUCAGAGCACCCUGAAAUCCGAUGUCAGUGACGGAGUAUCCAAUCGGUGCAUGCGUCUCACGAGCGAGUGUAGCAGAGUAAAGAUGGCGGCGGGCUCCGAUUUACUGGAUGAUGUUUUCUUCAACACAGAGGUGGACGAGAAAGUAGUUAGUGAUCUAGUUGGGUCUUUGGAGUCUGAGCUCACGGGACCGGGUCGUGGAAAGUCUUCAAUCAGGGUCCAGGCUGCAGCAAAUAACAUUGACAACUCAGCUGUAGGUCGCAAUUCCAAUGUCCAGGACAGCGAAAUGGGACUUUCACAAGAGCUUGCUAAACCAGGGACUGGCGUGCCAGGGGGUGUCAUUAAUAGUAGGAUGUCCCAGGGUUCAACCAUGUAUGCUGCGGUCGGGACAACGGCGGCGGGCUCGAGCAUGACAGCCGGGCACAGUCCGAGCAAGACUGGGGCAGUCAGUGGUGUGAUAACGGGGGUUCCCGAUCACGGAGCUGGGAUCAGAAAAACUGGGGCGGCUGGUGUACAAACUUUAAAUGGAAGGAGCGUUGUGAUAAACUCUCAUAAUUCAGGAAGUGUUGCCGCUUUGGUGAGCUCGGCAAGCAGCACAGUGCCCGCCGUCGCGGUUGUCAACAACGGACCGAGCUCCGUGGUCAAAGGAAACGUAAUCAUACCCUCAACUUCCAGCACAGUCAUUCAAACACCUCUUAUGCACAAUGCUGUCACUUCAACUGUGAUAUCGUCUCAGCUGUCUGUUCUAAACAGUGUGCCCACUGUCACGCUCGUGAGGCCGCCUAUGCAAACCCCCGGAACAGUCACAUCGCAGAGCGGGAGUAAUAAUACGGUUCUGAUACGAUCUGUCAACGUUGCCCACCCUGCAAGUUCAGAAGCGCAAAUCAACAAAUUGGAGUCGCCAAAAACGACCAUACAAACGACUUCACAAGUGACCGCCCCCAGUGUUGUAGGUAAAAGCCUGGUUUUACAAAAUGUGAGGACCUCCAUCCCAUCGACUAUUACAGCCUGUCCUGGUGGGAUAAAGGCGAUCGCGCCACAGGUGUUCUCCCCGAGACUUCCGCAACCCCAACAAAAUACUUCAAACAUCCAGAACAUUCAGCUCCCUCCAGGCAUGGUGCUGGUACGCAGUGAGAGUGGGCAGCUUCUGAUGAUCCACCAGCAGACCCUGGCCCAGAUGCAAUCCCAGUCCCAGAGCGCCAUGACCCCACGGGCAGCCACCCCCACCAGCACUCCCCCUGUCCAGAUCACUUCUGUACAGGCUCCAGGGACGCCCAUGAUGUCCCGUCAGAUGACCAACACCAUCACUAAGCAGGGCUCCCCGGCCCAGACCACCGUCCAGGCCACCACCACCCUCCAGAGGCCUCCUGUACUACAACAGAACACCAUUAUGCUGGGUGGAGCGGCCGCCACCUCAGGUCAGACUCCAGUGCAGCCUUGCUCGGCAGCAGUCACCCAGAGAGCAGGGACCCCUGGGACACCAGGCGCCCCCACGGUCGUUUCUACCACGGAGAUCCUGGAGAACGUGAAGAAGUGUAAGAACUUCUUGUCCACGCUGAUCAAACUGGCAUCCAGCGGGAAGCAGUCGUCUGAGACCACAGCCAACGUCAAGGAGUUAGUCAAGAGCCUGCUGGAGGGUAAGAUCGAAGCGGAGGACUUCACCAGUCAGUUAUACCGGGAGCUCAACUCCUCUCCUCAGCCAUAUCUCGUGCCUUUCCUCAAGAGGAGUCUUCCUGCACUGCGUCAAAUGACCCCAGACUCGGCAGCCUUCAUCCAGCAGAGCCAGCUGCUUCACGCUGGCGCCCAGCCUGCCGCCUCCUCCAAGGCCUUGACUGCUGUGGUGCUGGGGGGCACGUCCACGGCACAGAAAUCGCGUCUCAACAGUACCAGCCCUGGGACCAAGGGGACCAUGCACCAGUCUCCUGUCAGCAGMCUGGCCCAGACACCUCAUAGCAAGCCUGGCCUGAUGGUGCCUCAGCAGCAGGGGGCAAUGGGGAGGCCUCAGGUGUCUCUGGCCCAGUCACCCAUGGUUACGCUCCGAGGCCAGCCCCACAGUCACAUCAUCAUGGGGCAGCCGCAGGUGGUCAGACAGCUGCAGACAGUUCCUGUAGUGAAGCAGGCUCUAGCACCAGGGCCCAAGGUAACACUUGGGCCCCAGUCUAUGCUCUCUGUAGUACUGAAGAACAGGCAGAAGGAGGCAGGCGGAGGAACCUUCAAGGAUGAUGAUGAUAUAAAUGACGUGGCCUCUAUGGGUGGAGUCAACCUAUCAGAGGAGAGUGCCCGCAUUCUGGCAACCAACUCUGAGCUGGUCGGCAUGGUGACUCGCUCCUGUAAAGACGAGGCCUUCCUCUACACCUCCUCACUAACCCAGAGAGUACAUGAGAUAGGCAGGAGGUUAGGGGUGACUGACCUGGGGCCGGAGGUGAUCAACUACGUUUCCCAUGCUACACAGCAUCGGCUGCAGAACCUGCUGGAGAAAGUGACGGUGGUGGCGCAGCAGAAAAGCAUCACCUUCAAGGAGGAUGAUAAGUGUGAACAGGUGAGUGACGUGCGUGCGCAGCUGAAGUUCUUUGAGCAGCUGGAUCAGAUGGAGAAACAGAGGAAGGAGGAGCAGGAGAGAGAGAUCCUGAUGAAGGCAGCUAAGUCUCGAUCACGACAAGAGGACCCAGAACAGCUUCGGCUUAAACAGAAGGCUAAAGAGAUGCAGCAGCAGGAACUGAAUCAGAUCAGGCAGAAGGAGGCCAACAUGACGGCCCUGGCAGCCAUCGGCCCCAGGAAGAAAAGGAAAAUGAACUCCCCUGUCAGCGGAACCGGGGCUGAGGACUUGUGCUCUGGUCCCUCUCCAUCAGGUGGGUACAGUAGCGGAGGCUCCAGGCCUCAGCGCCAGCGCAUCACCCGGGUCAACCUCAGGGACCUGCUCUUCUGUCUGGAAAAUGAGAGGGAGACCAGCCGCUCACACCUGCUCUUUAAAGGCUUCCUCAAAUAACACACAGGGAGACCGGACAUGCACAAUAACGCUUUCCUAAGGGACAAGUAAUUAAUGAGACUAACCAAGUCACUCUGAUGCACUUGAUGCUUCCUCCUAUAGCAGACAGAGACCAGCCACUCCCUAUAGCACCUCCCUAACAGACAGAGACCAGCCACUCCCUAUAGCACCUCCCUAACAGACAGAGACCAGCCACUCCCUAUAGCACCUCCCUAACAGACAGAGACCAGCCACUCCCUAUAGCACCUCCCUAACAGACAGAGACCAGCCACUCCCUAUAGCACCUCCC